UUUAAAAAUGAGCAGAUUUGGGAUAAAUUCCAUCGAAUUAAUCAAUAGAAAAAUUGAUGAAAAUGUACCGAAAAAUACAAAGAAAUCGAAGGAGUACGUUUGGAAGCAAUUUACUAGUUUUUGCGAUGAACGAGAAUACGUAUUAGAAGAAGAAAUGCCUGUUGAGAGACUAGCUCUUAUAUUAAAGGACUGGAGCUUCAACAUGAGAAAAAUUGAUGGUUCUGAUUACAAGGAAUGUGUCGUAAAGACGACCUGGAAUACGAGUGCUAAAUUAUUGCAAGAAACAUAUAAUGAAUAUUCACGGAAUUUCGACCCAUUUAAAGAUAUAUUUUUUAAUCGGCAAAAAAUUGAGAGAUAUUUAAGUACGUUAUGUUAA